UCAGAGUAUUUUGAUGUUUAGUUCUGUGUUGUGCGAUCCGAGCGACGGUUGCCAGUGACGCGUGCAAAGAUGACGAAAAAGUUACUUGCUCCACUGCUAAUUCUAGUGUUAAAUAUUAUGGCGACACAGGCGAACUUAUUGGAGAUUUUAAGAAUACAAAACCAGCUGAAGAGCUCAUAUUACGACAUUGAAAAGCUGCAGGCGAAAUACAAAAGUAAAAUCGAGGAAGCCAUCCUAAUGGAAAAGCAAUCCACACUGCAAGACUUGAAGACCAAAAUGAGCGAUGAGCUAACCAACUGUCGCGAGGAGAAGUCAGCCUUCGAGGUGCUCAACAAGAUUUACUCCGAGCAAAUCGUUGAGCUGCAGAACAAAGCCAACGAGGUGACCGCCCAGCUGGAGGAAAGGGAUCGUCAGAUCAACGAUGGACUAGCGACCAUGGCCACCUUCACGACCAUCAUCAACGAGCAGGCCAAGCAAAUUGAAUUGCUGAAGGACGACGCCGCUGUCAAGUCGCAAAUAAUUCUCAACAUGGAAAUCAAAACAAAAGACAUUACAGAGAGACUUAAGAACAAUUUGGAAAACUUUGAGACGACAACGAAACUGGAAUUUGAGGCCAAUAGCUGUGUGCCGUUUCCAGACUCGUCUGAGGUGCAUGUCAUAAAAGUUGAUGAUGGAGAUGCCUUCGCAGUGUCCUGCGACUCCAGCUUGGCUGGGCCCGGCUGGACCGUUGUGCAGCGGCGCCUGGAUGGAAGCAUCAAGUUCGAUCGCAAUUGGCUGGAGUACCAGGAGGGCUUCGGCAAUCUGAGUGGCGAAUUCUUCAUAGGCCUGGAGAAGUUGCAUCGUCUGACAACAUCGCAGCCACACGAGUUGUACGUGCAUCUAACCGACUUCAACAAUGACAGCAGCCACGCCUAUUACGAUAGGAUCGUUGUGGCUGACGAGAGCGAAGACUAUGCCCUGAGCGAGCUGGGCGAGUACUCCGGCAACGCUGGUGACUCGAUGCGCGAUAAUGAGCACCAAAAGUUUACCACCUUCGACAGGGAUAACGACCAGAGCGAAUUUAACUGCGCAGAGACCUGCUUAGGUGGUUGGUGGUACAACAACUGUGGACUAAGCAAUCUCAACGGACGCUACACAAGGCGCGACGAGUAUUACGAUAACUCAGAGUAUGGCAUAUUCUGGGAUGAGUGGCAGGGACCGGGAUAUACCCUGCAGUCAGUGCAGAUCAUGAUUCGGCCUAAGAACCUAACCGACAAAUAAGCAAUUCUCUAAUCUACUUUCACAUGGUAAAUAACAAAUUGUAGAAAGUUCAUUUUCUAGUAAAUAUAUUCAACAUA